ACGAUAAUUUCCUUUUCGUUCGGUCGCAUCGCCCCAUGACACAGAUAACGAAAGAGAGAAAGCGAUAGAGCGAGAGAAAAACAAAACAAGAAGAGAUACAUAAAUAUUAAAACAGAAAAAAGAUACCGCAUUUCAAUAAGAAAUUUUAUAUCUAUCAUCCCACGUAUAUCCCCGAGGAAAAGAAAAGAAUAGAAAAAAAAACGAGAUGUCCGUCUAUAGCCAGAGCACAAAGGACAUGGGUGCUUCCUAAGAAACAGGAAUACCUAUUAAGGAGAACGAGGAAACAGCAAACACCCAGUCAGGGGGAAAUUAUACACAUCACAAACAGACAAAAGAGCAUCGCAAGAUGGAUUCCUGUGUGCAGCCACUCGGCCUAGGCAGCCUCCCUUCCUCCCACAUGUUCGGCGGGCAGGAGCCUCCGCCUAACUAUUCGCACGACUUGCUGCCCGAGACCAACUUCACCUGCAGCGACAAGGCGACGGGCGGUUACUACGCCGAUCCGGAGGCAGGCUGUCAGAUGUUCCACGUGUGCGUCAGGGUCUCCGAUGAAGAGAUUCGCGACUUCAAGUUCCUAUGCCCGAACGACACGGUGUUCGACCAGCAGAACUUCAUCUGCGCCAACUGGAGGGACAUCGACUGCAAGCGCUCCACCCGCUACUACAGCAAGAACGACCUGUUCCGGGUGGACGAGUCGGCGGCCGAGGAGGAGUACGAGACCGAGUCAUCGAGCUCCGUCUUCUACGAGGACGCCUACGAGUACGGCGACCUGCAGGGGAGGAACUCGCCCGAGUACGUGUACGAGUACUACGAGUACGAGGCCGACCACAGGUUCAGCACGGGCGCCGGCGGCAGGAAGGGCAAGUCUCAGGACGGGGACGCCGCGCAGUCCCCGAACCCGCCCCUGCCCUUCCGCCCCGCCUUCCGCCUGGGCAAGCCCGUGGUCAGCAUCAGCAGCUCUUCGGCGUCCGGCCAGGCUGCCCCCCCUGCCCCGGACCGCGCCUCGAGGCCCGAAUUCUCCGGCCGCCUCGAGAGCUUCCUGGCCGACGACCACGAGGACGAGGACAACCUGUUCCAAGGCGUGAGCGAUCCCUUCGCCAGCUAUGACUGGCGCCGGGAUUCCUCGGGAGUGACGGCGUCCACGAAGACGACCUACGAGCAGCGCUUCGGGACGGGCCCGCGGUCCCGCCCCGCGGCGCCGCUGUUCUCCCCCGCCAGCAGGAACCAAGAGUUCACUUCCACCACCGCCAGGAACAGGGAGCCCGAGCCCCCUGCGCCCACCACGGAGAGGGCGGAGGAGGAGGCCGCGUGGACGGGCCGGCGGCGCGGCAGACCCUCGUCCGGCCGCGGGACCUCCAGGUACUCCUCCUUCGCCAACUUCCGCUACUACAAGACCGUCCUGGAGAAUGGGAACUCGGGCUCCGCUGCCACGCCCCAGGACGCCGCCGCGGGCGCCAGGGUUCGGCCCUCGAGGUUCGUCUCGUCGAGGUCUGCUUCGAGGAACACCAGCAUUCCCCUGAUGCUGCUGGUGAUGGUGACUGAAUGUGCCAUGAGGGAAGUGUUGGCUUCGCAGUGGAAAGAGAAAGCUAAGAUAUCGGUUAGCUUCACCGUGAGGGACAAGGGCACCAGUGGACAUUUCCUGUGCAUUCAGUAA